GCAAAGAGAAUUUGGAAGUGGAAAUUCGUGUUCGUUCAAUGAAGGCCAACAACUGAGGGACCCCCCAAAAAAAAGCAGAGAGAAUUUCGCCGGGAUCGUAAUCGAAGACCAGGGUGAAAUCAAUCAGCGUGUGGAUUUUGAAUUUCAUUUUGGAAUUAAGGGGGUUCGUGGUCAAUGGUCCUCGACUCCCAACUUCAUAUUUCGUCAAUGGAAGGUGUAUCACCAGACCAGGAAUCCGUGGAUUCUGGAACGAAAAGGUCCAGUGUAUCAUCUGGAAGUAAGUCUAGAAACCGGAACGAGUUUCUUUACAAAUUCUUGGACAGUGAAAUCUUUACGGCCAAACUCGAGGAUUGGUUUGAAGAAGUGUUAGAGAAUUCUAAAACCAAAAAGUCUGUUUUCGAUGUUCCGUUUGAGUUGAUAGAUUUACAGAAGUUUGACUAUGCACUAGAAGGUAUUUCAUUUCAGCAGCUGGUUCGAAUGCCGAGUGCUAUUUGUGCUUCGGCCUCUGAUGGCGUGGAAGCAACUGCUUAUCUUGCUGUUGAGGAUUUUCUUCAUGCAUGUGUGAAAGGUUUGUGGGAGGCAUUUUGGGGGAGUCAAGAUCAGUCCCUGCCUUUCACUGUUGCUUGUUUGUACAGGGAUAAUUUAAAAUUUUACCAUGCUGAGAAGGCCAUUGCUACAGGGAAGCUGGAAGGUCUUUCGGCCACUGGCAUACUGUUGAAGAACCCUCGACAUCCCCAUGGGAAGUGGGGCCAAAUUCUUACGCUUGCUGUACUGAGUCCUGAUAUCGGAAACCUCGCUGUGGACCAUGAGAGUUAUCCUUCUUCAUCUGUCUUUGGCAAGGCCCUUUUUUAUGCUAUCCGCAUGCUGUUGUCAAGAAGCUCGAACAAAUCGAACUAUUCACCGAGUUUAAACUCCGUUUUUGUUCUUCUUGUCGAUUCACAGUAUGGAGGAGUAAUAAAAGUUGAAGGAGAUUUAAGUAGAUUGGAGUGCGAUCCGAAUAAUGCGUAUGAAUGUGCUGCUGAAUGGAUAAAACGAUAUGCUACAAUAUCAGUUUCUCAAAUUGAUAGGAUCUGGAAUGAGCUUGGAAAUGCAAACUGGGGAAAUAUUGGGGCCUUACAAAUACUUUUUGCAACCUUCCAUUGUAUAAUGCAAUUUGCUGGAGUUCCGACGCACUCAAUUGAGGAUCUAGCUGCCGAGCAUAGUUCUCGUUUGCAAACGAGAAGAGCAGAGAGGCAGUUGGGCGAUGUCAGAUCAAAUGGGAAUGGUAUGUUUAGGUUCCAACGGCGAAGUGUUUCCCCUGAAAUUGUUGAAGUUCAGGAAGAUUCGAUCAAAGUUAAGUCGGAAGAGAUAGUAAAGUUGGAAGUAGGAUCCGUGUUGUGGUUGGAGGAUUCGAACUGGCAAAAGGGUUAUCAGAUUAAUGAACUCCUGACUUCUGGUGAGCUUCAAUUUUAUAUUGCUUCUCCUGUUGAAGAACCCGGAAAGAGUCUGUUUCUUUACGUCGGAUCUCGAAUUUCCCAGCUUGAAGCAUGGGAAGAUAUGAACUGGUGGUAUCAAGUACAGAGGCAGACCAGGGUGUUGACUGUAAUGAAACAGAAAGGUCUAUCUAGCAAGUAUCUACCACAACUGAGUGCAUCUGGGAGGAUCAUUCAUCCCGGUCGGUGUCAUAGACCCAGCUCGGGUCAGAACUGCGACCACCCAUGGUGUGGCACGCCUAUUCUUGUGACCAGCCCAGUUGGUGAAACUGUAGCAGACAUGGUAAAUGGUGGUAGAUUUAGUCCUGAAGAAACAUUAAGGUGUUGCCAUGACUGCUUGUCUGCACUCUCAACUGCUGCUUCAGCUGGAAUCCGACAUGGAGACAUCCGACCAGAGAAUGUGAUUUGUGUGAGAUCGGGUGUGAGACGACCUUAUUUUGUUCUUAUCGGCUGGGGACAUGCGAUUCUUGAAGACAGGGACCGCCCUGCUUUGAAUCUUCACUUCUCAUCCACUCUUGCUCUACAGGAGGGGAAGCUCUGCUCGGCAUCAGAUGCUGAAAGCCUAGUUUAUAUGCUUUAUUAUGCCGCUGGUGGUGCUUUUCCCGACCUGGAUUCGGUCGAGGGGGCGCUAUUGUGGCGAGAAACCUCUUGGUCAAGGAGGUCAAUUCAGCAUAAGCUUGGUGACAUGUCAACAGUACUGAAAGCAUUCGCUGACUACGUCGAUAGUCUGUGUGGAACUCCGUAUCCAAUGGACUAUGACAUCUGGUUAAGAAGGUUGCGGAGAAAUAUCCACGAUGAUGAUCCGGGAAAGGAAAUCGAUACGUCAGGCUAGGUCGCUUUUAUUAGCUAUGGUGUAAAUUUCUACUCUAUUGCUGACAUCCAUCUCCUCCAACUGUGAUUAUGCAUUUUUGGUUGGAAGAAGACCAGAUGGUUCAGGUAAGUUAAUGGCUCGAUUACAUUCCUGAAGUUCGAACUUUCGACUCAAUGCUUGCUACUAGGAAGGAAUGUUUCAGUCAGCUUGUUAUCUUCGUUCGUCUUCGAGCUGGAGUUAAUCGACCCUGUAAAAGACAUUGAUCUAGAUGCACCUAACAAGAUUACACUGCUCGUUACCUCUGUUACGAUUGGUCGAUGUGGACAAGUGCAGCUACGAUCGUGGUCGACACUGAUUUAUAACUGUGUGACCAAGCUAAACACCAUGAUGUUUCCAUGUAAGUGCAUACGUAAAGAAGAUUUUAGUAUUGCGUUUGGUGUGAAGGGUAGAUUUGUAUAUGUGUUUUUGGUUGCCACUAGGAAGAAGAGUUUGGAUGUUUAUGAUGUUGAAGAGUAUUAACAUUCUGAAGGAAUUUGUAAUUUCUGAUAAUGGAUAGCCUUCUUUCUUA